CUGGACUUGUGUUUGCACAGUUCUAACCUUUGUCACACCACAAAUGGGUGUUACAGAUAGCAUAGAUGCCAAUAAGCGGUCUGAGGACUUUGGCAUUCAGUGUGGAUACCAGCGGCGGACGCGGGACGUUGUUGCCUGGGCCAAGAAACGGCGUCGCCACAUCCGCAGGGAAGAACUGCUAGCCUUUCUGUGUGGAAAGACUGUGCCGUCGCGGACUGGGUCCCGCAGCCCGCCCCGCAGUGCACGGGAGAGUCCCCGCCUCGGCAGCCAGGAAUACGCACCAUCACAUCAGUCCGAAAUAGAUUUACAGCCAUUUAAGGAUGCCAUAGCCUUACAAGGGUUGAAUGGAGCCAUGGCCAGUUUUGGACUUCGCACCCCAACCUCCCCCUCCCAUAACAUGCACAGCACCCCCAGUCGUAGACGGAACCUAGGAGAACUGCACGCAUUUAUAAGUGAAGAGUUUGCCAAUCACAUGGACAGCAACUCUCCCAAUGGGCGAAAACGGUCCUCUGGGAACGACCUCCUCGGAGACUCUCCUGUUCACAAGAGAAGUCGACACCUAUGAAGGACCCGCGCUCUCGUGCAACCUCUCGAGUGGCAAUGCUACUAGCAAAGUCUGCCCGCUCUAGCUUGUAGCAGCUGUUUCUAAAGUCAUGCCAGCUCAAUGCUCCUCAUGCUAACGUUGAUGUACAGUAUAUACACUAGUGUAGAGACAUGCUUACAUGUGAAUGGGUACUACAUCGCCCAGGUAGAACACCUCUGCUGUGUCACUCAAAAGUGCUGCUGGUUAGCUGGUGGCAUGUUGGAUGUACCAUAACCAACAAGGCACUUUGUUGCUGACUUGAUUAGUUCCUCUGUAGUAUUCCAUACUGGAAGCAAAGGAAAGCUUAGCAAUGCUCCUUUUACCUCCCUAUAUGAAUGUGUAUUGUGACCAGAAACAACUGGACCAAUUGAUAGCUGUAAAAACAGCUUCUUAAAUCUGUGCAGCAAAUAUUAUUAUCAUUGACAAAAAUUUCAACAAAAAUAAACACAAGCUUUCCCACUUUUCUGGAAAUUUCCAAGUUUGUUGAAAAGGACCUCUGUGGUUAUGGUACGUCUGUAUAGGCUUCCAGCCUUUUGUUUAUACUUUUCUUUUACUCUGUGCUACUUGCCUUAUAAAUAUGAGCUACAUAUCUGUUCAGCAGGUUGCAAAAGAGCUAUAUGUGUACUCUAUCUGUAACAUUGCAAUGGAGAAGUGUACAUAUAGAGUUAUUAUUAACAUGAUUAUUUAUAUCAAAAAUGCAUGUGUAUACUUCCAUUUGAAGGAAGUAUACUACAUGUGGAUUCUGUUAUAUAAGCAUGCUGGUUGCUGUCUCAAGCAAUAAAGUGUGAGAAAGCAGUUUCCUUACUUCGUAAAAUUGUUGUUACUCUUAAAGCAUAUGUUCAUUGUUUAAAUGUUCAGCAAAAGUAGUGUAGACAUCAUUUUGAAUUUUGGGUUUGAUUGUCAAAAGUCUUCCCUAUCUGUACUUUGUUUCAUGGUUAGUUCCGUUCUAAUUUGUUGGUUUGGUUAUGAAUAUAGCAAGUUUCACUAUAGAAAUAGAGGAUCCAAAAAAAGGUACAGUAAGUACAUGGGGAUUUAUGAAAUAUUGGGGUUCCUAGCAAACAAGCAAAAUAUAACUUGCAAGUGAAACCCUUUCUGCCCACUGAAAGAACAGAAUCAAGGUACCAACCAACUGACAAAACAAAAAUUCCAUGACAGCAUGCAUAGAAAAAAACUUCAAACAAGAGUUGGAAGUGUAGGUAGUGACCAUUGCUGAAUCAACAAUGGGUCUGUGUGAACCUAAGUGACAUCUGUAUAGAGACGAAUAUGGAACACUUUCGAAUGCCCCACCAAUAAAAAAUUAAAAGUCC